CUUAUCUAUGUAAUUUAAACUAUUUUACUGUGUGAAAUGUACACAUGGUUUCGAUUACAUGACAAUGUGCACGUUUAACCAUAUAUUCUAUUUCCUGCCAGCAAACUGGUUGUCAGACAGUAAUCCGUUAGAAUAUUAUAGGAGUAAAAAUGGUUUUAAUUGACUUGACCAUGAUAAUUAAUCGAGCAACAAGACUGGUGUUGGUGGCCCAACUCAUCAAAAUUCAACCUACAGCACUUUUUUUUUGUAUGGGUGAUAUGGAAUCAAAAAUGUCAAUGGUUGAUAAAUCUCAAGCAUUGCCCGGACGAAGUGAACCCAUUGUUGUCUCGAAGAAACAUGUUGUAAACAGGAAUCCCACAAUGCCACCAUUCCCUGAUGGAUUAAAAAUGGCCAUGUUUGGAAUGGGAUGUUUCUGGGGAGCUGAGAGAAAAUUUUGGCAACAGAAUGGAGUGUUCUCCACACAGGUAGGCUAUUCAGGAGGUUAUACCGUCAACCCAAAUUAUAAAGAAGUGUGUAGUGGUAAAACAGGUCAUACAGAAGUUGUACGAGUGGUCUACAAUCCUACACAGAUCACAUAUUUAGAUCUUUUAAAGAUAUUUUGGGAAAAUCAUAACCCAUCUCAGGGAAAUCGUCAAGGUAAUGAUAUGGGAACACAGUAUCGCUCUGCCCUAUAUUAUUACAGCCAGGAUCAAUUGGACCAGGCUUUGAGCUCCAAAAAAGUUUAUCAAGACCUCAUUACUCAGAAAGGUUACCCACAAAUUACGACAGAAAUAAAACCAGCAGGAGAAUUUUACUAUGCGGAAGAUUAUCAUCAACAAUAUUUACAUAAAAAUCCCGACGGAUAUUGUGGCUUGUCUGGAACUGGAGUGUCGUGUCCAGUCGGACUUUUCAAAAAGGCAAAGAAUGAAUUGUGAUUAUCAAAGUUAUAAGAAUUGAACAGAAAAAGUCUCGGAAAGGUGUCAUAAAUUAGUAUCGUAGAUUAUUAGAAGUUGUAGUGUAAUUAAUUAUUAUCAAUUCAAAUACAAGCCUUAAAAUAUUUAAAACAUAAAGUGUGCGGUGAGACAAAGGGAGGUAAGUCUGUUCAAAACCAACUUUGUCUCAUUCCACUGUACUUAACUAGCAGUCCAUUGCUAAGCCUUGCAUUUGUUUGUGAAUCCAAAGCUUUUAAUUAGAAGCUAUGGGUUUAACAUAGUAAAAUUUCAGAAACAUCACUUUCAAAAUUGUUUGUAAAUUUAAUCAAAAUGUUAAAAUGAACGAAGAAAAAUGUCAUUUUAAAUGGAUUAUGACAUUUGAAUGUCGAUGAAAUAAGCAAUAUAGCUCUUCCGUUUCGGUGAUGUGCCUAAAGUAUGAUUAUUGGGUUUAAUUAUAAUGCAGCGCUCCAGCCAUUAUUAAAUAUUAGCCUAAAUGUAGGCUUUGGUAAAUAUAUAUUUAAGAAAUAAAAUGUUAUAAUGCUUGAUAUAAUUUUCUACUAUUAUUGCAGUGUUCAUUAAAUGUUUUUGGUCAGAAAAAAAAACAUAGAGAUAAAACUACAAUAUUUUUUAUCAAUUCUCCAUAAAACAUUCAUUAAUCUUUAUGCAGAAAUAAUUUGCUUUUGUGUGAAUUAGGUCAAGAUCUGAUACAGACUUCUUUCAUUCAACUUAUCUUAGUCUAUCUUUCUACAUGAAGAUUGGUCUCAAUAACACAAUGUCAUUCAGACAUUCAUUUCUUUUGUGCCUACUAGUAUCUCAAUACACCAGUAUACUGUCCUUACAUAUAUUAUUAAUAGAGCUACUGUUUAAGUAUGGACUGUAAUGUUUGUAUAGUAGUGGGAUUUACUGUCCAGAUUUGGUCGAACUUAUGCCAAUGGUUGAUUUAUAUUACUAAGAGAAGGCAAACCUCUAUUGCUACUGCAAAUCUUUGCUAAGGAAAUUGAGCCUUUUCACUGACAUAAACCAAUCAAAUUAGUACAGUAUCAUGAGAUACUAGUAUUUCCAUAGACUAGUUAUGAUCAGUUUUCCUUAUGGUAUUUUUAAAGAAAGCUGUCCAUUAAAGAUCUGAAAUGGAUUGCAUUUGGAAGAGAUCUCUUUAGUACCCAUCAUCAUGCAAUCAAAUUUAAAAAAUCAUUACUUGAAUAAGCAUUAAGUGAGUAUUAUACAUAUUUGUACAGGACCAGUUUAAGGUAAUUAAAUUAAGAAACGUUCCAAGGAGCGAAUAACAAACACAUGAUGGUAAAAUUUAUCGAGUGGUGAAAGGGUGAAUGUACAUUCAUCAGAGCUUGUGCAUUUUAUUAAGUUAAAUAUGGUAUUAUGAUAACAGAUGUAGAUAUUGAUAUAGGAUGUAUUUAUCAUGAUAAUUGUUAACAUGUUUGGAACUUAGUAUCUGCUAUACCAGUUGGUAUAGGUGUUCUGUAGGAUAAGGAUGCAACGAUAGGCCUACAUACAAAAAUAAUCCUGAUUAAUCCUGAUUAUUCCAGGAUGAAUAAUCAUGAUAUCUUGGAUUAUUGUGAUGAGAUCAUUUAUCGUGAUAAUUCAAAUAAUUAUGCUUGAACGAUGAUUCAUUAUCUCGAUUAUUAAAACUAAUAAAAGCAUAAACAGCCUAGAUUCUAGGCCCAAGAGUAAAUACAGCAUUAUGUUAGGAUGGAUAUGAAUGUGUAUUUUCUUUGUUGCUGAAAUCGAUGCACCAUCAAAGUUUUCUUGUUCGGCAGCCAUUGUUUCUAACAGAAAUAAAAGAACUAUUAUCCAGCCAGACGCAUAACAUAGAACCCUUGUCACUUGGAAUUUAAAGAAGCAUAAUCUGCCCCUUUCAUUGCAGACAUAUCUAUUGUAAUGAGAACGAGGUACCCCAUUCCAUUCUCUGUUAUUUACUGAUAGGUAUUAAGUCUCAACCAUCUAUCAUAAAGCUUUUUAUAAUACGGUACUGCAAUAGUUUAGAGUAAAAUGCCAUUUAGAGUAGACCAUAUAUUUUUGGAUAUUAUUAAGCAUAGUGUAUUAUAUGUAAUGUUGUAGAGAAGUCAUAAUACUACUGGUGCAAUAUCAAUUCGUUCUGAAAAUUUGGAAUAAAAUAAUUAGCUGUUUAAUAAACAUAAUGUAAGUUUUUAGAUUUUGAAAGAAAUGGAAAAUCAUAUCAAGUAGAUCAUACAACGAUUAUUAGAAAUAAAUGUGUAUCAAUCUCACACUUAAAAAAUAUUAUUGGUGGGCAAAACACAGAACCCUCUGAAGGGAAUUUUAUUUUUUCCAUAUAAGAGAUAUAGAUUUUAUGUAUAGAUUUCUAUAUUAUAUUUGACUAUAAGGAGUUGUAUGUAGAUUUUUUAAUGCUCAAUCUUUUUAAAAAUGAUUUUGUGUCUAAAAUUGUGUUUAGAAAAAAUAAAUUUCCAUUAACAGUACAUUGAUUUAUCAAAAAAUGUUGAAGGUCAUGAGACAAGUGAUUUAUAAAUACAAUUUAAUAUUUUAAAAAAAAGCCAAUUUCAUAAUGCUCAUUACAGCUCAAAGAUUUUAAAUUUCGUCCAUUAAUGUUGUACUAGAAACAUUAUACUUAUUAGAUUUUUAUCUUUCACCUCUGGUUAGAAAAAACUGAAGGUCCUGUGGUAGAAACCUGUAAUAAAAUGACGUUAAGUACUUAUACAACUUUCCUUUAGUUAGAAAAAACAUAAAUAACUAUUAGAAUUAAGUUAUUGAAAUCUUAUUGGCAUAAGUAACUGUUGUGUAUUAGAUUAUUAGCAUUUUUCAAUGCAUUAUUAUUAAUUUUUUUUAUUAUGCCUGAAUUCUCAUCUAGGCUAGUUUCUACCUCAUUCCAAUACAAAAUAGUUCAAAACAAAUACUGGUAUCAGGUUUGAGAAAUUUUUUUAUAAUUUUUGAAUUUAUUUUUUUUAUUGAUAACACAGGGGUAAAUAAGUACUAAGUUAGUAUAUAUAUAUUUGAUUUAAAGGGUGUAUAGCUCUAAAUUCAUAAUCUUCGAAAUUAAAAAAAUGUAUUGGAAAUAAAUAUUGGUCAAUUUCAAUCAAUAUUGAUGUUGUUAUCUUACCUUGAAAGUAUGGGAUACCGGUAACCAAUUUUUAAGACACAGUGAACAUUUUGAAAUAUCCCACAAGUCAAUGCAGAUUUAAUUUGAAAAUGGCUGAACUACUAACGACACAAAAGAGAUAUACUUGUAGACUGUACUAACCAGACACAAGUGGCACAAUUUGGACUGCUCAUAACUUUUUAGAAAUUAACAUAAAAAUGUUAAAAACUGAAUGUAAAUUAGUUUAAAUACAUUCAUAUUACAUUAAUAUUUGCUUUUUGAUUCAUUUUUAUCUAUUUUAGAGUUCCAAAGAAUAGAGCCAUAUGCCCUUUAAUGUUUUUCAUCAAUUCCAUUUCAGUACAUUGGACACCUGAGAAAUAACAAUGAAUUGGGUGGGCUUGCUAAUGGAUGUAAAGCAAGAAUUGCUUUAUGAUUGAAAUUGUUGGUAAAGAGGCAAAUUACAUUUAAAAUAAUUGAAAUUGUUGGUAAAGAGGCAAAUUACAUUUAAAAUACUUGAAAUCCAAGUACUGACUUAGAGUAAGGUAUUUUUCACAAGCAUUAAGAAGUAGGCCUACUAAAACAAUUGGUACUCCUUGUCAGUAGAACAUUAAAAUGUCUUUAUAUCAGUUAUGACAUGGCAGAGUUGUGUCAUAUUCUGCAUAGUCAAACUGAGUCAAAUCAUGUCCAAAUUACCAAGUUAUGAAGUCUGGCGAAGCCCUAGUGCCUCUUUAAUGUUUUUAAUGGGGGAUGUGGUGGAAUCUGGUCACUAACUGGACAGUCAUUUCCAUUUCACCAUUGUAUGUCACAAAGGUCAAUUGCCCAACUUUUGGGUUUCUUUGGGCUGCGGUGGCUCAGUGAGCAAAAUAUUGGCUUACCAACCUGGAGGUUCCCAACCUCUGCAUCCCCAGUGGUCUCAUUCCAUUUUACUCCUCUAUACCCUGGUUUCAUUCAUGGGGUAUUGAUGUAUUCAAAUUAUCUACCCAAUCAAAAAACUGUUUACAAACCAGUCUUAGCCUCUUCACUUGCGUUCACAACAAUAUGGCAGCUUGUUUGUUGUAACAAGAUGAGAGUUACAUCGCAUCGUCAACUUCCUUUGUAUUUAACGAUUUUUUGAUUGGAUGAUAAAAAUAGGACAGUCAUCAAGGGCAGAUAAUUUGAGUAGGUGUCUGCCCCAUGGAUAAACCCAGGGGUUAGUGGCGUGAUUAACUCUUUAUUUUUGGUUGAUAAUAUUUUAGAAAAUAAUGACAUAAGCAAACAAUAUUCCUUCUAACCAACUUGUGCACACACGCAACAAGCGCAUUAAGGACAUACUAUUGUCACAAGAAUAAAACUUGCAAUCCAUAAGAUUUUUGCACACAAACUACUGAACAUUGACUUUAAUACAUAACAAAUACUGAGGUUUUUUAUCUUUUAUAGGCCUGACAAAUGCCAUAGAUCAGCUAUCAUUGUUUACCUUUCUCAGGUGUGUCAUUUACCUCUUAAUUAUAAUUACAGGUAAAUUAUAUGGUUGUCUUUGCAGAAAUUAAUUUGAACAUGUCUUGAGUUAGAUCUGGGCAUUUUGUAUUUUGGAAAAGAUAUAUAAAUCAAUGUUUUUAUUAGCCUAUAUUAAUUAUUAUAAUCAAUAUGCAAUAUAUGUGAUAUUGUUGUCCAAUGUUUUUAUUUCUUUGUGUUUAGAUUAUAUAAUAAAUAGAAUCUUGUUCAAU